CGCGCGGGAGCCGCGGGCGGGCCGCAGUAAACAUGAAGGUCAUCACCUGUGAAAUAGUGUGGCAUAAUAAGGAGCCGGUUUAUAGCUUGGACUUCCAGCAUGGAGCGGAUGGGAGGAUCAAUCGCCUGGCCUCGGCUGGGGUGGACACAGCCGUGAGGAUCUGGAAAGUGGAGAAGGGCCCGGAUGGAAAAGCCAUCGUGGAGUUCCUGUCCAACCUGGCGCGCCACACCAAGGCCGUGAACGUCGUGCGCUUCUCUCCCAGCGGGGACAUCCUGGCCUCAGGAGGGGAUGAUGCUGUCAUUUUGCUGUGGAAGCUGAAUGACAGCAAAGAGUUGGAGCCGUUGGUUUUUCAGGAUGAAGAUGAAGCUCAGCUCAACAAGGAGAACUGGGCAGUCAUUAAAACUUUGAGGGGCCACUUGGAAGAUGUGUAUGAUAUUUGUUGGACCUCAGAUGGAAAUUACAUGGCGUCUGCUUCUGUGGAUAACACAGCAAUCAUGUGGGAUGUCAAUAAAGGACAGAAAGUUUCAAUAUUUAAUGAGCACAAGAGUUAUGUCCAAGGAGUAACCUGGGAUCCUCUAGGCCAGUAUAUUGCAACCCUGAGUUGUGACAGGGUCCUGCGAGUUUACAGCACCCAAACCAAGCGAGUGGCCUUCAAUGUCACCAAGAUGCCAUCGGGGUCGGGAGCUGAAGGAGAGGUGAGGAGCUUUCGGAUGUUUCACGAUGACAGCAUGAAGUCGUUCUUCCGCAGGCUCAGCUUCACUCCUGAUGGCUCCUAUCUGCUCACUCCAGCUGGCUGUGUGGAAUCAGGAGAGAACGUUACAAACACCACCUAUGUUUUCUCCAGAAACAAUCUGAAAAGGCCCGUGGGUCACCUGCCCUGUCCUGGCAAGGGCACUCUGGCUGUUCGCUGCUGUCCUGUUUACUUUGAGCUGAGAGGAGCUCCUGCUAAAGAUGAAAUCAGUCCCAAAUCCCCCCCUGCCCUGUUUAACCUCCCCUAUCGAUUGGUGUUUGCUGUUGCUUCAGAAGAUUCUGUGCUUUUUUAUGACACUGAGCAGUCCUUCCCCUUUGGUUAUGUCUCCAACAUCCAUUACCACACCCUGAGUGACAUUUCAUGGUCAAGUGAUGGAUCCUUCCUGGCCAUUUCCUCCACGGAUGGGUACUGCUCCUUCGUCACCUUCGAGGAGGAUGAGCUGGGAGUGCCCCUGAAGGAAAAGCCCCAGAUCCAUGUCAGGACUCCUGGAGCAGCAGCAGACAAGAAAGCCAAGAAGAGCCAAUCCCACAAAGUGAUUUCCCCCGGCUCCAGGCUGGCAGAGGGAACCCCUCCCACCAAGGAUCCCCCACUGCAACCCCGAACCCCCAGCACUGCUGGGAAGGAGCUGCCUUCCACCCCUGGAGGCAUCAAAAGCACUCCAGUACCAUCCCCUUCCACCCCUGGAGGCAUCAAAAGCACUCCAGUGCCAUCCCCUUCCACCCCUGGAGGCAUCAAAAGCACUCCAGUGCCAUCCCCUUCCACCCCUGUGGGCAUCAAAACCAUUCCAGUGCCAUCCUCAGAGGAGAGGAGAAGCAUCCAGGCAGGCACCCAGAGCAGCAGAGCCCCCCAGCCCAGGAGGGUCGCCCUCACCACUCUGCAGUCCUGUUUCAAAACACCCAGGAGAAUAAACUUGAUUUCCUUGAAGCCAGACACCCCAGCCUCUGCAUAUCCAGACCCAGCCCCUGUCCCUCCCUCAGAACAGGAGCAUGAGAAGCCAUUGCCAUCUGAUGAGAGCCUCCAAGCUCCCCCAGCCCCAAAACGUGCCAGGACUGAGGAAUUGUCCCUUCCUGCACCUGCUGAAGACCAAACCAGCUGUGAGUCCAACAAAUAAAGGCUGAGCAGACCCCUCACAGCCUGAAGUCAAAGCA